AGCGCACCCCAACCGGAAGUCAGGAGGCGCGGCCGGCGGGUUAACAUGGCGGCGGGCUCCGCGUCUUCCCUCGGUGGCGGUGCGUGGCCUGGCUCUGAGGCUGGGGACUUCUUGGUCCGCUAUCGGCAGGUGUCCAACAAGCUCAAGAAGCGCUUCCUGCGGAAGCCGAACGUGGCCGAGGCCGGGGAGCAGUUCGCGCAGCUAGCCCGCGAACUGCGCGCCCAGGAGUGCCUGCCCUAUGCCGCUUGGUGCCAGCUAGCUGUGGCGCGCUGCCAGCAGGCGCUCUUCCACGGGCCCGGGGAGACGCUGGCCCUAACGGAGGCUGCUCGACUCUUCCUGCGGCAGGAGUGCGACGCGCGCCAGCGCCUAGGCUGUCCGGCCGCCUAUGGCGAGCCUCUGCAGGCGGCUGCCAGCGCCCUGGGUGCCGCUGUGCGCCUUCACCUCGAGCUGGGCCAGCCUGCCGCCGCCGCCGCUCUAUGCCUUGAGCUGGCCGCCGCUCUUCGCGCCCUGGGCCAGCCGGCCGCUGCCGCAGAUCACUUUCAGCGCGCUGCUCAGCUGCACCUGCCCCUGAUGCCACUGGCCGCCCUGCAGGCGCUGGGCGACGCCGCCUCCUGCCAGCUGCUGGCGCGCGACUACACCGGCGCCCUGGCGCUCUUUACACGCAUGCAACGUCUGGCACGGGAGCAUGGCAGCCACCCGGUGCAGCACCCCGAGCUGCCCCCCCCGCCCCCGCCGGGACCCCAGCCAAGACCUGGCUCGGCCCCGACCCUGCCCCUCCCGCUGCUGCUCCCGGACCAGGCCCCAGGCUCUGCUGCGCCCUCUCCCGGUACACUGGGUGCCUUCGCAGACAUCCUUGUCAGGUGUGAGGUGUCCCGCGUGCUGCUCCUGCUGCUCCUGCAACCACCACCCGCCAAGCUGCUGCCCGAGCAUGCCCAGACUCUGGAGAAAUACUCCUGGGAGGCUUUUGACGGCCACGGCCAGGAUAGCAGCGGCCAGCUUCCUGAGGAGCUGUUUUUGCUAUUGCAGUCCCUGGUCAUGGCUGCCCAUGAAAAGGACACAGAAGGCAUCAAGAAGCUGCAGGUGGAGAUGUGGCCGCUGCUGACUGCUGAGCAGAACCACCUCCUUCACCUCGUUCUGCAGGAAGCAGUCUCCCCCUCGGGCCAGGGGGUCUGAUAAGUCACCUGAACCAAACAGCCUUUCCUCCUGAUGUGGAUGUAGAACUUUCAGAUACUUCUCCAGCACCAUGUCUGCCUGUGUGCUGUCAUAUUCUCACCACAAUGAUCAUGGAUUAAACCUCUGAAACUGCAAGCAAGACCCAGAGAGAAAGACGAAAGGAAAGGCUGCUAGAAUGGUCUGAAGAUGCAUGCCUCAGGAAACUACUACUUCCAACUGUGCUCUGCCCUCGGAAGUUUCUACUACUUCACAAUAGCACUACCAGUCAGGACCAGGCCUUCUACCAAUGGGCAUUUCAGGCCUAUUCUGGAUCAGAAUCAUAAAUGGAAUGAAGGAAUCCGAGGCACAGAGGUAAAUUAUUUUCCUGAGUUAGCGUUAACUAGCAAGUGACUGAACUGUGACUGCAUUCCAGCUGGUGGGAUUGCAGAGGCCAUGCUCCUGACCACUGGACUGGACGGCGUCUCCAUCUCCCUCCACUUGCUGCAGGAAGCCCUACUACUUCUGGUGCUGACACAAUGGAUUCCUUCAAAGCUAAGGCUGAUACUCACAGAGAGUUUUUCUGCCUGUUUCUUGACUUGAUCUGCAUCCAUGGAUAACUUCCUAUUCAAAUUCAUAAUCUGAAGAGAAUAGUCUUGAUAAAGUUUCUGCCUGUGAAUGAUAGCAAUGAACAGUGUGAUAUUCCCUCACAAUAUGAAGAAAGUGCAUUCGAAGCACGACUGACUUGCCCUCACUAACACUAUCGAUGGAGGAUGGGGAAAUGGCAUCUAAAAUAUUCUGACAGAGAAAAGGAAGCCCAUGUGGAUUAUUUCAUCUUACACUGACAGUAUUUGUUCCUCCUUGGCUGAGAGAGAAGUCACUUCAAAUACCUUAGCUCUAGAAAACUUAUGGAGAAUUAUCAUUAGUAUUCUAUUAAUAUUCCACAAGUAUUCACCUUCCUGACACAUACAGCUUCUCCUUUAUUUCCUCUUUCUGGAGAACAGAUCCAAUGAGCAUGCACAUCCACUACCAUCAGAGAAUUCUGUGGAGGCCUACCCACUCUUCCUCACGUUGUGCCAGUGAGGAUUUGGAUAUUUGUAAUUUACUAAAGGGUCAACCUUGCUCCAUAAAUUUAUAGAUUAUUUUCCUAUAAGGUUUAUCUUUUUCCCCCAUAUGAUUGAGCAUCUCUUAUAUGGAAAAUAUUUUGAGAUAGUCAGCAUUGACCCAGCCACCACAUACAUGCAAAUUCUUUAUGGUGUAUAAAUUGAAAUAUAUUAAAUUGAGAAGACAAAAAGGUCAUCUUUACUGACAGCUUAGCAAUAUAGCGCACUCUGUUUAUAAUGUGAGGAUAUAGGCUGAAAGGUGUUGUAGCAUGAAUCUUAAAUGGUCUUAUUAAUAAAACAAACCUGAGGCCAGUUAUUGGGGUCAAUGCUGGUAGAUCAGAGAGACAGAACAAGCCACAGCUAUCUCACCUUGCCAAUUCCUCAGCUGGUCCUGUUUCCUCAGACUGGAAGCCUCUGAGUCCUCAUCCAAAUGAAUCUCAGCUGAACUGUGUUGCUCCAAAGCCUGAAAGCUUAACCAGCCCAAUGCUUAACCAGGCCAAAUGCUUCUACUUUCUGGUCCUCACGCCUUAUAUACCUUUCUGCUUUCUACCACCUUUCCCUGGGAUUAAAGGCUCGCUUUGUGGGAUUAAAGGCUCGCUUUGUGGGAUUAAAGGCUCGCUUUGUGGGAUUAAAGGCGUGAUGAGUCACCAUGCCUGUCUGUAUCCUUGAACACAUGGAUUUCUGCCUCUGGAAUGCUAGGAUUAAAGGCGUGUGCUACCAC